AUGGCUCCUGUCAUCCCGAGCUGCCGGCACAUCGCUAGAGACGAUAGGGUCCCUUCGGUCUCCGCCUCCGCUAUCGUCGGCGGCGCCGGAAGCGGCUACCACGUGCUCAGGAUCAGAGACUACUCGAGCAUCAAAGUCGCCUUCCCCAAUGGAAGUCAUUUCGAUUCCCACCCCUUCCGCGUUGCGGGGCGCACUUGGGUUAUCCGGUACUACCCCAACGGCGACCGCCCGGAGACCGCCGACCACAUCUCCCUCUACCUCCGCUUCAAGGGCCAGGUCGGGCCCGGGGAGGAAGUAAUGGCGCAGUACGUGUUCAGCUUCAUCGACCAGAUGGAGAUGCAGAAACCGGCCUUCGUCGGCAACCUCGAGGCGCGUAGAUUCGGCACCAACGGAUCGUGGGGAUAUAAGGAAUUCAUUAAGAAAGAGAGCUUGGAGCAGUCGAAUCGCCUCAAGGAUGACUGCUUCUCGAUCAGGUGCGACAUAAUCAUUGCCGGCCUGCGACGCGCGGAGGCCGUCGCAGCUUUCGUCGUUGCGGUGCCGCCUCUCGAGUUGCCACAGCAUUUCGGUGCUCUCCUCCUAGCAGGAAAGGGUGCCGAUGUGAGAUUUCUUGUCGGGGGCAAGACAUUUGCCGCGCACUGGUGUGUGCUUGCUGCACGGUCGCCGGUCUUCGAUGCGCUGCUCUUUGGCCCGAUGAAGGAAGGCACCUCCACGGAGAACUGCAUACGGAUUGAUGAUAUGGCAGCUCAGGUGUUCCAGACCUUGCUACAUUUCAUUUACACAGACUCGCUGCCAGAGACGAUAGAGCAAGAUAAUGGUGGAGCCACGAUGGCACAUCAUUUGCUAGAAGCUGCAGACAGAUACGACUUGCAGAGGCUUAAGCUGAUAUGUGAGGAUAGGCUAUGUCAGCAAAUUGAUGUGAGCACGGUGGGAAUCACACUUGCAUUGGCUGAGCAGCACCGCUGUUAA